AUGAUCAUCCCUGUGCGCUGCUUCUCCUGUGGCAAGGUCGUCGGUGACCUCUGGGAGCGGUAUCUCGAGCUUCUCGAUCAGGGUGUUCCUGACGGUGAUGCCAUGGACCAGCUGGGCUGCCGGCGCUAUUGCUGCCGAAGAAUGAUCAUGACCCACGUGGAUCUCAUUGAGAAGCUCCUUCGGUACAACUCGGCGGAGAAGGAUCGUUCCAAGGCUCAGGUUUAA